GACGUCUGUAUAUCAUUUUCGUCUUUCGUCUUAAUUAGACCUAAACACGUGUAAACAUACGUAAACGAUAAUACAUCAUUAUAGUGUUCAUCGCAUGACCUUGAAUCGCAAUUUAGAACAGGUAACGAAACGGAUCCGUCGGAGCGCUUAAUCAUCACAUCGCGUAAUGCAAGAACACGCGAUGACGUUACGACGAUGACCUUGUGCGAGUCUUCCGAGGAGAAGGCGUCUCCAACAAAGUUAAUAGCUACACAUCAUAUACGUAGAACUCUAUAUAUUAUACACCAACGGCGUUUCGUUCAAAGUUUUCGUUGUACCGAUUUUAGCUUACCGAAAGGCGAUCGACAACUUGGACAACGACCGGAAAUGGCAGACCGACACGGCCGUAGGAAAGAGGAUCGGCCUGUACAAGCUAAGCGGAGAGUUGGGCAAAGGGAAUUUUUCGCAAGUGAAAACUGGAUACCACGAGUUGACCAAAGUUUUAUACUUUCAGAACGAGUUGCAAUCAAAAUAUUAGACAAGACCAAAUUGACGGCGAAAGCGAAGAAAAUGCUGUCCCGGGAGAUAUCCGUAAUGGAAUCGAUACAUCAUCAAAACGCUAUUCGACUGUUCGAAGUGAUCGAGACGUACACGAAAUACUAUUUGAUAAUGGAGCACGCGGCCGGAGAACUGUUCAAGACGUUGAUAUCCGAGGGCAGAAUGCACGAAUCAGAGGCGAAAAACAUUUUCUCUCAGAUCUUGUUGGCCGUCAAACACCUGCACGACCGCAACAUCGUUCACAGAGACAUCAAAGCAGAGAACGUGUUCUUGAGCUCCAGAGGCGUCGCCAAAUUAGGAGACUUCGGCUUUAGCAUCACAGUCUCGAACAACGAAAAGUUGGAGACGUUCUGCGGGUCCCCGCCGUACGCGGCGCCCGAACUGUUCCUGGACGAGCGUUACGUCGGCCGUCCCGUGGACGCGUGGUCGUUGGGCGUGUUGCUGUUCUUCAUGACCACCGCCACGAUGCCUUUCCUCGGCGACAACAUGGCCGGGCUCAGAAAGUCAAUAGUGGCCGGUCACGUGGAAGCGCCGGCGUCUAUGUCCCAGCUGUUAAAGUCACUCAUAGAGUCCAUGCUCAACACGACGCCCGAACACCGGUUCAAUAUCGAUCAGGUGCUCAAGUCCGACUGGCUGCGGGAGGCGUCCGCGUACCAGUUAAGGUUCAACAACAACUCGGUAUACGGUCAGUGGUGCGCCUACCCGACGGCGGCCGGCGCCGAGCUCACCGACACCGAGACGAACGCCAGGCGGGCGCUGGAAGUCCUUGGCAUAACCGAUGUGAUGCUGGACGAACACGGUUCCCGGGGGUCGAGGAGCAACGUGGUGGCCACGUACCGGAUAGUGGUCAACAGGCUGUUGCAGCAGCGCAGACUCAUGGGGCAGCAGAACCACUUGCCGCACCAGAACUCGACCGCGCAGCAUCCGCAGACCGCUUCCGGCCGGAAACCUACCAAGACCAAGUCCCGGUUUUGCGCCAUAACGUGAGCACCGGAACAACGACCGCCGACGCCCCUAGCUCAGCAGGAGAGACCACCACCCCCCCCCCCCACCACGACAUCUAACACUACUCGAUAACGGUCCCCGGCCGCGUGUCGACGCGUGUAAAUAGAACACGGUCGUCGAAAGUAUAAUAAUAUGUUAAUAAUAUUAUGACGUAUACCCUUAUAUAUAAAAUAAUUAUUAUAUAAUUAUGCAACUCGUAUUAUAAUUGUACGAUACAUUUUUUUACUAUGUAGAACGCCGUAUA